AUGUACCUCCGUCGAACCCUUGUCGCCCCGGGACAACAUGCUUUGAUUAUCGUUGACAAACCAUCGGCUUACGCUUCACGUUAUGACCUGACUGGUGCGAUCAAUGGGUCACAACCAAUUGCUUGCAUGGUUCUAACACCAGAUGAUCGAAAGGAAAAAGAUAUCAAAGGCGUCCGAAAACAUUUUUGUGAACGAAUGGAUUUUGAAAAAAUUAGCACCGGCAAUCAAUCGACUGGCUAUUGA